AAGAGAGAGUGCUAUUAGGUGAAGGACAUACCAUCUAUCUCAUCUAAGCAAUAUUCAUCGAUACUCAACUAUUUACAGACGAUAAUGGCAGCAGAAGAAGUAGGAAUCGACGAUCAGCUUGAAAAGGUUAACAAAGCUUUGGCUGUGAAGAAUACUCCUGAAAUUGUUUUCAUUGCUUUAGUGUGCACCAUUGGAAUUGCGGGAAAUAGUGUUGCAUUCGCUUUCUACAGGACUAGAAUGAACAGAAGUGUAAAUACUCUCUUCUUGACAGUUCUCUCGCUAAACGACCUGUUAACAUCCAUCAUUCUUUUGGACAGUAUUCUGGAUGUUGUAUAUUCAAUUAAUUUUACCAGUAAGAUAGGCUGCAAAUUUUUGACUUCUAUUAAUCGAAUCUUCAUAACCAGCUCAUUUUUGUUAAUUUUCCUAAUUGCUGUCGAUCGCUUUAUGACAAUUUUCCUUAUGAUACCAAGAAUAACGUUUUCGAUCCGAUCUUCAAAGAUUGCGAUACUAGCAAUGUACAUCUUGACGAUUUCGACAACUGUACCAGAAUUUAUCAUUACCGAGCCGAUUGAAACAAUAGUUGACUCUGCAGGCGAAAGAAAUGUAACCAUCGUUGGGUUUAAUUGUCGCAGUGGCGGUUCCAAUAACAAACAGCUGAAAAAUGUUAUGAAAGGUUGGAGAUUGGCAGAAUCGGUAGUGGUGCUUACGUGCCUUGUAAGUAUCGCAGUAAUUUACAGCCUUAUAGCAAUAAAGGUUGCUUGUGUCAGAAAUAAAUUGCACAGACACAAAGAAAGACGCCAGCAUGAGUUGAACACUGAAAAGUACAGGCAUGGUAAACAUGUUCAUGAAUCUGCAAUGAACAGCGAUAUAAUUGUUGGGGAAGAAGUAGAGAGGAACUUCAACAAGGAUACUGUAGAUGAAACUGAGAUUAACGUUGAUGAAUGUACAACAGAUGAAAUAGAUGCAACUAGAAACGAAACUGACGAAGAUAAUGAAACACAAGUUAGCGAUGAAGCUACAGUUGAAAUUACUGAGAUGGAAACAAGAAACACAUUUCAAAACGUUUCGAGUACGGAAACUUUACAUGAUUCAAUUACUAUUGUUAAUCAGGCCAAGACACCUAAAACCAAAUCUCUGAAGAGAAAGAAGACAAAGGCAAAGCAAAAUCGGAACACAGAGAGAAGAAUUACGUUAAUGAUGUUUGUAAUGACGUUGGCAUCGGUUCUAAGUUUUGCGCCGUACUAUGCUAUCUUACUUGGGAGCAUGGAGAAUCAGUUUGAGUACAAUAUCUGGAAACGAAUUCUGAUUCGAUCCUUUUUGUUGAACAGUUCCAUCAAUCCCUUUGUGAUUGGUUACUUCAACUCAGACCUUAGAAAGUAUUUCAAAAGUGUCGUUCUGAGGAUAAAGCAUUGUUGAAUAAGCUUGUAACAUUAAACUGGAUCCGCUUAUGAUUAAUGCUGCAUUUCGCACUGACCAUGUACAUACACUGGAUAAGUUUCAAAUAAAUCAAUAUGUGUUUAGAGAAUGUCUGUUUGUAUAUAUGUACGUCUGAAUAAA